AUGAUACUGGAAAAAUUGGAGGCCCUCAAAAUUCCAUUAGGCCCUAGGGUUCCUCUUGAGUUCCUCCGUACGAUCGAGGAUUAUAUAUUUUCAUCGAGUACCCUCAAAGUGGUUCGGUGGCACCGUGUCGCACAUGUCAAGCUCACAUGGCUUUUGAUCGACUUGAAGAGGGACGUCCGCUUUCUAAUUGAUGCAAUACACGCGAAGAACAGCUGGUUCUUCCCUGCGCUCGUGAAUCCCAUUACAGCGUUUGCAAUGCACGAGAACCCGCACGCUCCAUAUUCAUUUUCUUGGGAUCCGGCCGUCGGUCCUUACCCAGAGGUUCAAAAAAUCCUGAAGAUUUGCUGCUGGGCCUGGGCCGAGUCCCCCGGAGCACUCAAAUAUCUGAACCCAAAAGUAAAGAACUUAACACGACAGCUACACAUUCCAGGCCAGUUCAACUAG